UUUGUUUAAAUCACGACAAUAAAUACCCUUCCAUUGUCGCUCUCCCGAAACGGCGUUCACGUUUUUUCUACACCAAAAUGACUUCACAUUCCAAACAAAUCGCCGUCGACAUGUCGCCGUUCUUCCGGCUAUUCUCUGACGGCACAAUCGAGCGUCUUCCCCCACCGGAAACCGUCCCCGCCUCCGACGAUCCUAAUUCCGCCGUCCGGUCGAAGGACGUCGUCAUCGAUGAAAAAACCGGCGUCUCCGUCCGCAUAUACGCGCCGCGCCGCGGCGAUCCGCCGCAGAAGCUCCCCGUAGUGGUCUACAUCCACGGCGGCGCGUUCUGCAUCGGAUCGACUUCCACGCCUGUCUUCCACAGCUUCAUCGCCGGCGUCGUCGAGCGAGCGAACGUUAUCGCCGUCUCAAUCGAUUACCGUUUGGCGCCGGAGACUCCCCUACCGGCGGCGUACGACGAUUCCUGGACCGCGUUCCAGUGGAUCGCAGCUCACGCCGCCGGAAAAGGCUCCGAUCCGUGGCUCAACGACCGCGCCGACUUCCAGCGGUUGUUCCUCGGCGGCGAGAGCGCCGGAGCGAACAUCGCUCACGACGUCGCGCUCAGAGCCUCCGACUCCUCCGCCGGCGGCGGCGUCGAGUUAAUCGGAGUUUUCCUAGUGCAUCCUUUCUUCGGCGGCAAAGUGGAGGACAAACUGUACAAAUUCCUCUGCCCUAACAGCACCGCUCGCGACGACGAUCCGCGGCUGAAUCCCGCGGCGGAUCCUCGAAUCGGAAAAUUGCGUGCGCGUAGGGUGAUGUUCUUCGUGGCGGAGGAGGAUUUCCUGGCGGCGAACGCCGCAAAUUACUGCGAGCGGUUGAAGAAAAGCGAAUGGCGCGGAGAGGCAGAGAUAAUGGAGACGAAGGGGGAAGGACACUGUUUCUAUCUGUUCAACCCUAACGGCGAAAAGGCGGUCGCCGUAACGGCGCGUUUGGUUGCAUUUCUGAAAACUCCUUAGCUUAAGCCGCGUUUGGAUGCACUAAUUUUUAUCACCUUUUUUCUGCUCCACCGGUUAUAUGUUGCUUGGGCUUUGGGCUCUCUGGCGCUGGUUUUGGACUGGACUUGCAUUAGAAAUUUCAUUUUGUUGGAUAUAAAUGUUUCUCGUAAAAAUAUUUGGGCAAAAUUUUUUGCAUGAAAUGUCGAAUUUGAAGUCUAAUAAAUUUGUAAGAGAUUUUGGGCGGUACUUUGGCCCAGCUCA